AUGGAUGCAAAUGCAACGGUUUUGAGACGAACAUCAGGGUUUGGUGGUUUUGUUGUGAAAGGAAAUUGUGUCGUAUUUUGCAGGAAACUGAAGGUUGUUGUUCUACAAAGUGCGAAGCUCCCAAUUGGCCAAAGACGGUUUCCAUGGGUAUUUUGCCGAGGGAAUCCCCUUGGUAAUGGCGGGUGGACCGAACAUUCUCAGAGUAUGUUGUUUGGAUGGAAGGUUCCGGAUCUGGGAGGGGAUUUCGCAGCCGGUUACACCAAGAUGGAAAACCUCUUCUCUUUAAGUUGGAUCAACACUAACAGUUGGUGUUCUCAUGGCCAUUUCCCGCUUGCUGGACUUUUGCUGCCAUAA